AGUAUAGUUAAGCUCACUGAUUCCAGCACCAAAGUCGUCUUUCGCAUCAAAGAGUUCUAUUCCCUUGCAGAAGAAUUGCCAACGUCCCUUCGCCAUACUAGCACUGAGUUGCCUGUUCUUAGCACCGCACUAGAGAGCAUUGUCCAAAAUUCCGAACUCGAGGCUGCUCUGCUGUCGUUGGUCAGUGGGUGCCACGAAUAG